AGGCUAAGCUUUUUCUUUCUUUGAAACUUUUGCAUUUGCGAUUAUUUCUGCCUAAAAUUAUCCCCCCGCCCACGAGUUUUGCCUGACUAAUGCCUGCCUCAUCCUUCAAUUUCGAUAUCACCAAUUCUCCCCACCCACCUCCCUGAUGCAGUUAACAUUCCAAGGGAUGAUGCACGUCUAUUCAGGGCACUUGCCUGAAGGAUUACAUUUUUAUUUGCCUACGUACAUUUUUAGGUGCUGUCUCUUCCACUAGAUUUCAAGAUCUAUGAGAACGUGGGUGAGAUGUAUGUUUUCAUGCAUGUGUCUUUCACUGGUACUACAUAAUGCAUAAAUAUUUUUAAAUUGAUUAUAUCAGUAACAAUCUAUUGGCAUUCUUUUUAUUCCUUUCUAAAAUGCAACCCCAGUAUAAUGUCUAAAUUUUGUUCACAAUUUUUUAUUUAUCUAUUUAAAAAACUAAGUUGAAAGGCAGAGUGACAGAGAAAGGGAGAGACAGAGAAACAAAGAGAUCUCCUGGCCACAGGUUCACUCCCCAAAUGGCCACAAAAGCAAUGGGGCUGGGUCAGGCUGAAGCGAGGAGCCUGGAACUCCAUCCUGGUCUCCCACAUGCAUGACAGGGCCGCAGGUACUUGGGCUAUCUUCUGCUGCCUUCCCUUGUCCAUUUUCAGGGAGGUAGAUCAGAAGCCGAGCAGUAGGAACUCAAACAGUUGCUCUGAUAUGAAAUACCAGCUUAAUCUGCUGUGCUACCCUGCGAGCCCCUAUUUGGUUCAUUAUUGAAACAGUAAUAUCUAGAAGUUCUCUUGGUGGUAAUACUGGGGAAGUGAUUUCUACCAGCCUCUGUCACAUACUUCUUUUUGAAACCAACACAUGUCGAUGAAGCACUGACAAUGAGAGUGCUGGGUGCUGGGUGCUGGGAGUACAGUGGUAAGUAAAUAACAAUUGGCUCUUAGCCUUCUCAUAGAUUCAGAGACACCUAGGUGGUUGGCAUGAAGCAAGCAUUGGGAAGUGUCAAUAGCAUCUGGAAUGAGAGUUCACUGAUCUUUCCAGCUCAUCCUCGCUCAUUCUUGCAGUAUUGUUAUCAUCAUAGAUCCUGCCAACUCGAAUAUUAGUUUUUCCAUUGUUUGAAUACUUCACUCACCGCAUUCUGAAUUAUUGAGCAAGCUUUAAAGUUAUUUUUCUUUAAUCUUCUCCUCUCAAUUUUUUCAAGUUCCUAAUCUUUUCAAUCAUGUCUCUUCUUCCUCACAUUCUCACGAGUGUUAUGAUGCUGUCAGUAGAUUUGAAGAUUGAUGUAUUUAUUAUCAAGGGAAUAAUGUAAUUUUUCCAAUGGUGAGAACACUAGCGAUUUUUAGAGAUGAAAUUACAAAGACUUCUUUGGCUAUUGUGAAACUGCCCAAUGUCUUAUCUUCACAAGUUUUUCAUUAUAUUUGAAGAUGAUCUUUUAACAGGAGAUAAUGCUUAUUCCAUGCUUAUGAUUCACCAAGGUCUGACUUUCAUCUUCUUGAAUCAUCACUGCAACUUUACAUAGACAGAUUCUAUACCUGUAUCUAUUUUAGAGAGUAAGAAGUGUUCCUAUAACCUGUAAAAACACACCGAGGGGUGGAUUUCCCAUGUGAAUUCUGCUUGACCCUUUUGUUCUACGCUGUCUGCAGAACAUUUGACUUCAUUAUUUUCCAGAAAAGUCGGAAGAGGGGAAACUCAUUUCAGUAAGAAAAUGCUGCCACCAUCCAGACAGGAUAUGAGCAAGGAGAUACGCAGAGGUCAGACUGCUUUCUGAGCUGGUCUCUCUCAAAGCUCUGUGCACUAUCAGCUGGAGUAAGCCUGUCCUCGUUUUCAAUCACAGAGGGCUAACUGAGGAGCUGCUUGUAAUGCCGACCACUGCAGAGCUGAAGGCAGUGUCUUUACACAUUGAAGCCGAAGUUCAGGUAUUGAUUAACCCUGUGAAUUUGCCUGAAAACAUGCUCCCUGGGACUCAGCUAAGUCGCGCUUAUGAUAAAGAUGUAGCAGGAAGAGCAGAUGUCUACCACUUUCUUAAUAAAACAAAGGAUUUUGUCAUCGAUGCAAGUUCUGGUGUAAUCACGUCUACCAAAGUUUUUAAUUAUGAAACAGACCCGAUAAGGUUUCUGCUGAUUGUUGACAGCGGAGGGCUCCGCAGACGGGUUUUGACCGUGAACAUCAUUGAUGUUCCCGAAAGUCCAGACUGUACCGCUGACCCCCAGUUUUCUUCAGGGACAGCUACUGUGGAACUUGAUGAGGACUACCCACUGUUUCAAUCCAUUUACAGAGUGACAGCCACGGAUGAAGACUUUGCCAAUGGCGACAGGCUGAAGUACACCAUUGAGACACAACUCUCCGGACCAAAGAGAGGAGCCAACUGUUUUGGCGUGGACCCUGUAAGUGGUGUUGUCAGUGUGAAUGGUGAAGAUUCCUUGGACUUCGAUGCUGGAUUUCAUGUUUUCCAGCUUGCACUGAGAGCAACAGAUACAAAAGGUCUGUUUUGUCAAGGAACUCUAAUUAUCAGGGUUCGAAACAUAAAUGAUGAGAAACCUCAAUUUGAGCCAUUUCCUUUGAAUCUGAUUAAUGUGACUGAGAAGAUGCCUGUUGGAGAAAUUAUAGCAAGAGUAAAAGCGACAGAUAGAGAUGAAGACAGCAGCAUCACAUAUUCCUUUAAAACUCAGCAAGAAGUGUUUCGUUUGGACCCUGUUACAGGCAUUAUUACUCUUCUUAAGCCUUUGAAUCUUGACAAGCCAAAUAAUUCCAAAGUCUACCCUUUGGAAGUUGAGGCCAGAGAUAAUGGGAAUCACUCCAGCACCUAUGUGUUCACAGUUUCUGUGGAGAACGUGGAUGAACCUAUUUCCUGUGAUUCAAGUUUUUCGACUGGAGCAGGUGUUUCAGUGUCUGUUCCUGAAAACACUCCAGCAUCUGCUCCUAUAUAUAUGAUCCUUUCAAGAGACCCCGAUCUAGAACAAGAAGUAGAAUUUUUAAUAUUAAAUUCUUCAGUUAAUGCCACUGCCUACUUCAAUUUGGAUUCCCAUAAUGGUGUCAUUUCUAAAACGAUGGAACCUCUUCUGGACUAUGAAACCAAUCCUAAGCAUUUCCAGUUAGUAAUUGCUGUGAGAAGCAGAGAAGACCUGUCUGUGGAGUCAUGUACUGGCACCAUCACUAUAAACAUCCAGAAUGUUAAUGAUGAGAGUCCCAUCCUUACAUACAUACCAGAUGCACCAAUAAAUAUUUAUGAAAAUCUGCCUGUUGGAACUGAGCUGGUCAAAUUGACAGCGACUGAUAGAGACAUAGGAGACUCGGUACAUUAUGAGUUUAUUGAUACCCCAAAAGAAUUUUCCAUAAAUGAAGAUUCAGAAGUGGUCACAGUUGCCUACCCUUUGGAUUAUGAAGAUGUAAGCACUCCAAAGUCUUGGGUGUUGUAUUUUAGAGCUUAUGAUAAUGAACGAAUGCAUUCAACAACUGGGACACUCACAGUGAUUUUACAAGAUGUGAAUGACAAUCGGCCUCAAUGCUCGCAGGAUAUUUACAUAAUUGAGCUUCCUGAAAACAUCCCAGUUGAAACUCUCUUAGUUUCUCUAGCUUGUACAGAUAAGGAUGGAACUGUACCCAAUAACAAUAUCACUUAUCAUUUGAUUACGGAUACUUUUUCAAAUGAAACCUUUACCCUCACAAACAAUGAGCUGAAAAUUGGACCGUCACAUCUAGAUUUUGAUAAUGCUGUUUUUGCAGGAAUGCACUUCAAAUACACCCUCUUUGUAAGAGUGUCUGAUGAAGGAAAUCCUGUAUUAUCAACAAUGAUUACAGUCAUCGUAAGAGUGAGUCGCAUAAAUGAACUGAAUCCAACUGGAACCACAUUGGCCUUUACCUUCAGCAUACUUGAAAAUAGUCCAGUUGAUACACUAGUUGGGGAAAUUACAUUUACAGAUGCGGACUGGCCAUUUAACGAUGUAAAAUAUGCCAUUGUUGGAGGUAAUUUGGGAACACCUCCCAAAUUUUACAUCGAACCCGAUACAGGAAUGAUAAAACUGUUGGAUUCCCUAGACAGGGAAAUGCAAUCACAAUACAAGAUAGCUGUGAGAGUAACAGACUUGGACAAUGACGCCCUCCCUGACCCCAUCAGACAGAGAAGUGCUACUGCUCAGGUGACCGUCCAUGUCCUGAAUGUGAAUGAUGAGCCUCCUGUAUGCACGCCGCCACACUUGGAAACUCGGAUUUAUUCAGCUAUGAAGACUCCUUUUAUUCAGCUCAACUGUUCAGACAGAGAUUCUCCACAGGAGCAUCUGAGCUAUUCAAUUGUAGGAGGAAAUACAAAUAACCGAUUCACACUUUGGAGACGAGAUUUUGGUCCUCCUUCUCUGGCCGCCACGCAGAAUUUCCAGGGUGAUGUAUUUCAAGGCAUUCUGGCCCCUGAGACAUUCCAGCUGCUUAUCGAAGUUACUGAUGAAUUAGGUGGGGAUACAGUGAGUCAGCUGUCAACCACCACCGCAGUCAUAAUUCAUGUGUUUCCCUGGAGCACGACACAGCCAACUCCCUCUACAAUGACAGCUACAACCACAAUUACCACCUCUGUCCUAACAAAGAUUUCCUAUUACUGGAGCCCUGACAACUGGAUACCUGCAGUUCUCACUCUGACAGGAGCUCUUUUCUUGACGUGUCUCUAUGCUGUUGCAUGGUGCCUCUUCAAAGAUGUCCCGGCCUGUUGGAGAUUAUUUCCCCACUGUCACAAACAUCAGCAGAAGCACCCAAGCAUCACUGCUGGGGAGUCUGGACAAGUCACCAGUGACAGUAAUGCAAUAUCUGCUCAGCUGUCAGAGAAGGGGAGUCAAGAUGUGGAACAAUUAAGAAAAGACAGUGGUUCUGAUGGAAGGCAUUUGGCUUUAACCAGCAUGAAGGUCACCAAACCGUUGUCUCACUUGCUUUAUUUGAAAAGGUCUUUUAAAACCACAGCUUUAAGCAGUGAAACAGAAGAAAUGUUUUCAGCAUAAGUGGAUACUUUUGCAUAACCCAGCACAUAUUUUGAUAGGUCUGCUGGGUGCGAUGAAGAAGCGUCUGCUUUUAGUUACAAAAUGUACAGGGAUGAGCUAAUCACCAACAGAAAAAUAAAUGGAGCAUUCUAAUUGUGUUCAGAUUGUGAUGAUAUUUUUAUUACUAACAUUAAAUUAAGAGAUGUUUAAAAUACAAAUCAUUCAUAUACAACAAUUUAUAGAAUAAAGAUACGAAAUAAGACAGAAUCGUUAUUAGAGCAAUCAAACUGGAUUUGCUUCUCUUUUUUAAGGGGCAAGAGCCAAUAUCUAAGAGGCAAACAAUUUCAUCCCUUUUCAGUGAUGGACUUUUCUGAUCUAUUUUGAGACUAUCCCAUGUGCUUAAUCACAAUAUCCCAACAUACCACAAAAGCUUUAGAAUUCUAUUGCAAAAUUAGUACUAUUUUAUGGGAGCAGCAACACUAGAAAAGCAAUUCAGCAAAGGUGUACUUCUGCAGGUUUUUCCUAAGAGUAUGACCUAUGGCAGAGAGUGUCCAGUCAGUUUCCCUAAAAAUAACAGUUCUCAGGCAGAGGUUUGAAGCAGGAGAUUUUCUGAAGGGGGAUUGGGGGGAUGACAGAAGGAGGACCUGGUAGGAGUAGAACUGAGACACGACUGCAAUGGAGGACUGGCUUGGAGUAGAAGAAGAAGAGUGAAGAAGAGAAACACUGAUUGUGAUUGUCAGCCCCGCUGCAGCCAUGGGGUCAGUAGAGGUGUUUCUGCUUGCUGAAACCAUGUGCUGAGCCUGCUCCCUCCUUAGGCAGACUCAGCCUUAUUCCUCCUCCGAUAAUGGAAACACCCCAAGCAGCUGAACGAGAGAUACCAGAGCAAGACAUGGAGGUCAGGGCCACCAAAGAAUGCAGCUAACUUGUGCUCUU